GGGCGCGACCAUGGCGCGGUGAGGGAGCGGGGGUGGGGAUCGGUCCGGGGGAGGCUUGGGACCGCUGGCUUGUGCGCCGUCUCGGCCGCCCCCCCUUUCGCUGCUGCUGCCGCCGCCGCCGCCGCCGCCGCCCCGGGCAUGUCGUCCAACUGCACCAGCACCACGGCGGUGGCGGUGGCGCCGCUCAGCGCCAGCAAGACCAAGACCAAGAAGAAGCAUUUCGUGUGCCAGAAAGUGAAGCUAUUCCGGGCCAGCGAGCCGAUCCUCAGCGUCCUGAUGUGGGGGGUGAACCACACGAUCAAUGAGCUGAGCAAUGUCCCUGUCCCUGUCAUGCUAAUGCCAGAUGACUUCAAAGCAUACAGCAAGAUCAAGGUGGACAAUCAUCUCUUCAAUAAAGAGAACCUCCCCAGCCGCUUUAAGUUUAAGGAGUACUGCCCUAUGGUGUUCCGAAAUCUCCGGGAGAGGUUUGGGAUUGAUGAUCAGGAUUACCAGAAUUCAGUGACGCGCAGCGCCCCCAUCAACAGUGACAGCCAGGGCCGAUGUGGCACACGUUUCCUCACUACCUAUGACCGGCGCUUUGUGAUCAAGACUGUGUCAAGUGAGGAUGUGGCUGAGAUGCACAACAUCUUAAAGAAGUACCACCAGUUCAUAGUGGAGUGUCACGGCAAUACCCUUCUGCCACAGUUCCUGGGCAUGUACCGUCUGACCGUGGACGGCGUGGAGACCUACAUGGUGGUCACCAGGAAUGUGUUCAGCCAUCGGCUCACUGUACACCGCAAGUAUGACCUCAAGGGUUCUACUGUUGCCAGAGAAGCGAGUGACAAGGAGAAGGCCAAGGACUUGCCAACCUACAAAGACAAUGACUUUCUCAACGAAGGGCAGAAGCUGCACGUGGGAGAAGAGAGUAAAAAGAACUUCCUGGAAAAACUGAAACGGGAUGUAGAGUUCCUGGCCCAGCUGAAGAUCAUGGACUACAGCCUGCUGGUGGGCAUCCACGACGUGGACCGGGCGGAGCAGGAGGAGAUGGAGGUGGAGGAGCGGGCAGAGGAUGAGGAGUGCGAGAACGACGGGGUGGGCGGCAGCCUGCUCUGCUCCUACGGCACGCCUCCGGACAGCCCUGGCAACCUCCUCAGCUUUCCCCGCUUCUUUGGUCCUGGGGAGUUUGAUCCCUCUGUAGACGUCUAUGCCAUGAAAAGCCAUGAAAGUGCCCCCAAGAAGGAGGUUUACUUCAUGGCCAUCAUUGAUAUCCUCACGCCAUAUGACGCGAAGAAGAAAGCUGCACAUGCUGCCAAAACAGUGAAACAUGGGGCAGGGGCCGAGAUCUCGACUGUGAACCCUGAGCAGUACUCCAAACGCUUCAACGAGUUCAUGUCCAACAUCCUGACGUAGUUACCUUCUACCUUCAGCCAGAGCCAGAGUGCUGGAUGUGGGGUCGGGGAUUGGAAGAGGGAGAGGGUGUUAUCUGGGCUA